CUCAGACCCACCACCUCUCUCUCUCGCUUUCGAAAAUCUCUGUAGGAUCCUCCAUCGCUGUUCCUUUUUGAAUUGCCACCAACAAAAAAAAUUCAAAUUAUAAUAUGAUAUCAACACCCCCGCUUCAUAAUUGAAAGAAAGCCAUCUACAUAGAUUCAUCAGUCUCUAUCUAUGGGUUGUCUCUUCCCUUGCUUCCGUGCCAGAACCACCCAAUCUACUAACAGCGGAGGUGGCGAUUCAGUUUCUCAAAGAGGUCAUGAUGACUCAAAGAAGAACCGUUUGUCAGAUUUGUUUCUCUCUGAAGAGAAAGCAGCUCCUUCUCCUUGUAUUCAUAUGGACAAAGAUCUCAACGAUGAGGCUCAGUUUCUUAAAGCUGGCUGCACAACACCAGCCACACCGGUUAAAACUAGUAAAGCAUCUGAAAACCUGGAAACUCCUCAACGUGGAAAACAAUUUACAUCCUCCCAGUUUGAUUCUUGGAUCUCCAGUAACUCUGAUGCAGUGUUUCACUUGGAUGAGAAAACACCUGGAGAGGAGAUCUCAGAGCAAACUCCUAGCAGUUGCAUAACGGAUUCCCAAAACAGUGCAAAGAUCUCCACUGGAAAUAGUGGUGCCGGUGAAGAAAGCCAAGGAAGCAUUGGCACUGCGUUCAAGGAUGGGGUGGAUAGAACCAGCAAGGUGCCACUCACAGCUGGAAACAACAUGGGAAAGAUAAAGUCAGUGCGGUUUGAAUGUGAUUUUGAUCAGUCUUACACUUUUAGUUCUUCCAAGAACACCACUUCAUUGAAGCUAUCUGAUGAGGUUCAAACUCAUGGAACCAUCUUUCCUAAAAAUACCGAAUCAACAAUAAAGGAGGGAUCUAGAGUGCAGGCUUGCACAGUGAAGACAGAAACUGAAUCUCCGUUAUCAGCAGUACAUUGUGUGGGAAAGUUGGAAGACAGCUCAGCUAGUGUUUCUCCUGGGGUGAAGCAGAGUGAAGAGAAGAGUAUCAAUAACAUGGCAGCUUCAUCGACCAUUACCUACAGGGACAGGCCUAUUAUCGGAAUGGUUGCAGCUCACUGGAACGAGAAAGAGCAAUCUCAAAUCUCACCCAAAUGGUGGGAUGGUAAUGGGAUACCAAACUCUACAAACAAGUACAAAGAGGACCAGAAGGUGAGUUGGCACGCAACACCUUUCGAGGAGAGAUUGGAGAAAGCACUUUCAGAAGAAGGUGGCCAAGGUUUAAUCCCUCCAAGAAAACUUGAAGUAAUGGAAGAGGCUGAAAGGGACACAGCAAUGUCACAGCUGCAUCAUUCAGCACAAUCCACGUCAAUCGUUUCCUUUUGAACAUUGUGUAGUGUACUAGUGUCUAUAUUGGCUUUCUCGUAUAGAAGGGCUAUCAUGACUCAUGAGCUACAUGAUACAUAGAAGAAUCUAUAAAGCACGGUGGUGGUUUAUGAUUUCGUAUUGGCUUUCUAUUAUCUCACAUGAUAAUAGAUGCAGUGUCAUUUUUUCUGCAAGUUUUGAGUGAUUUGGUUGUCAAGUGUUUGGUAUUUUAGAUUAUUAUAUUGUUCAUUAUUUACAUGUUCCGUCUACUA